AUGGGUGUACCGGGGAAGCGCAUGCGCCUCGGCACCAAGAGCUGUGCUGAAUGCCGCCGGCGCAAGGUGCGAUGCAUCUUUCCCCAGGACCAGGAGCGGUGCGACGCGUGCCGAGCGCACGGCAGCAGCUGCGUGCCGCAGGAGAAGCAGAGCAGCGGCGAUGGGACCGCAGCAUCGGGCGCAGAAGACGUGGCGGCGCUCAAGAGGAGACUGGACGAGCUGGAGGCGCUGAUGAGGGGCCUGCCGGGGGACAUGGUCUCCCGUCAGUCCGGCAGCGCCCACGGAGCAGAGGGAGGAGGACUCUCGCACGGCGGCGGCAGCAGCAGCAGCAUCUCACCCUCGCUGAGCGAUGACCGAAGCCCUGCCUCUGUUGGCAGCAUGCUACAGCUUCCCAGUUACCACCCUCUUUGCCCGCCUCUGAUCAGCACAGCGCAGAUGAGCCCCGCGUUGCAAAACUCGCCAUUGAUCAACCUUUUCCGCGCAACCUCCAUCUUUGACCCCAUCCCCUGCGUCGACGCCGACAUUCAUCAUCCGCCACCACCGCUGCUCACGCCGACCGCCUCGUCGCGGCUCCGGCAGUGCCUCACCCAAUUCGCACCCUACCUGCCGCGGCCGGAGCGCGUCGCGGAGCUCUUCACCACCACGCAGCGGUACUGGGGCACGUGGCCGCCCUACUUUGCCGGCGACCCCUCCGUUUCGGGCCAGGACGUCGACGACGACGGUCGUCUCCUCGAGCCCGUGCAGCAGGUGCCUGUCGCGGAGACGACGUUUCACAACGCGCUCGUCUCGGGUCGGCCGGGCUCGACGGCCAAGGCGAUUCUCUUCCUGGCGCUGUGCGUGCAGCAGACGCCAAAGCGGGCGGCGCGGCGGCUGCUGCUGCCGUCGUCGGUCACGCAGCAGGCGCUCGUGGACACGUACGUCGAGACGGCGCGGGCGCUGCUGCGGCUGGAUGCGGAAGAGGCGUCGUCUAAUGGCGGCACGAUUGAUGGCGUCGAGGCCCUCAACAUGAUGUACAAGCUAUGCAUCAACGCGGGCCGCCCGCAGCGUGCGUGGACGUGCAAUCGGGAGGCCGUCACCGCGGCCAUUUGCGCGGGUCUGCCGGCGAGGGCGGCACGAACGGGCGGGAACUGUCGCGCCGCGCAGGCGUGGGCCAUGGCGUGGCGCGCAGAGCGCUACAUGGCCAUGACGCUGGGCCUGCCGUCGUGCACGUCGGCACUGCACCCGGGCCUCGUGCUGUCACCAGAUGAGAGCGUCGUCUCGACGAUUCUGUACCACCUCGCCGUCAUCUGCGGCAAGAUCAUCGACCGGGACCAGAGCGGCAGCAAGGACGACGACGACGACUACGCCACCACGCUGCGGCUCGACGCCGAGCUUGUAGACGCGCAGCGUCGGCUUUUCCCCGCGCACUGGUGGGCCGCCGACCACCUCGCCCCGGACCUCGACCAGGCGGCCGGCUGGCACCGUCAGUCAUGCAAGGUGCUCUUCUUCACAGCGCUGCAGCUCCUGCACCUGCCAUACCUCGCGCGCGCCGCUGCCGACGCGCGGUACCUCCCGAGCCGUCAUGCCGCCAUGAGCGCCGCGCGCGGCGUCUGCGCGGCGUACUGCGAGUUUCGGCGCUGGAGCAAAGGCGGCGCCGAGCUGUGCCAGGUGAUGGAUUUCCGGGCGUUUAGUGCCGCGCUGGUGCUGGUGCUGGGGCAUUGGAUCGCGCCGGCGGCGGCGGGGAGGGUGAUGAUGGAGGGGGAGGAGGAGGAAGUGGGCGGAACAGAUGCGGAUGCGGAUGCGGAGCGCGCGCGGGACGUGGCGCUGUGUCUGCGGCAGACGGCGGCGGUGAUGGAGUGCACGGUCGCGGAGCAAGCAGUCAGGACGCUGGACGCGCUGGAUGCGGCGCGGCGCGGCGUGUACAUGGCCGACGAAGACUACGACGUCGUGGUGCCGUACUUUGGCAGGAUCCGGAUCAACAGGGCGUUUUUCGAGCCCAAACAGCAAAAGUCUGAAGAGGCUGCUGCCGCUGCUGCUGCCGCCGCGGCGUCGGCGUGGUUCAACACGGUCGAGUUUAGCACGAAUGACUUUUUGGUAGAUUUUCAGCUUGAUGCUGGUGAUGCGGCGGCGGCGGCGGCGACGACGAUGACGGAAUUGUGCUGCGACUGGGGAGAGCUCGGGCUGGGAUAUGCGUCCAUGGACUGGGGACACAGCUUUACGUGCGGGCCAUUUUUCGAUGUCGAGGGCGCGACGACAAUGUAA